AUGCAGCGCCUCGGCCUCCGCUUGGCCAAGCAGGCCCGUCCUACUCCAGCUCGCAACGUCGUCCAGCGCCGUUUCAACAGCACCGAGACCAAGCCCGACUGGUUGGUCGACAACGCGUUCAACCGUGAGCGUGAGAAUGUCAAGCACCACGCCGCUUCCACCAGCACUCUCUGGUUGAGACUCUCCAUCUACGCUGUUAUCCCCUGCCUCAUUGGUGGUGGCAUCAACGCCUACAACUUGUGGAACGAGCACUGGGAGCACUGGAACCAUAUGCCCCCUCUCGAGGACCGUACCGAGUACGCCUACCAGAACAUCCGCAGCAAGAACUUCCCCUGGGGUGACGGUGACAAGACUAUCUUCUGGAACCCUGAAGUCAACUACCACAACCCCGACAAAUAA